UCAACGCUUGACACUCUCAGUAAUAUUUCUAUUUGAAGCAAAUCCCGUUCUAUCUGAUUCUACCCCGUUACACCCAAAGUGGAUACCUUACGUUACUUUGGUUCCACUUGUUUUUUCAUUCAGUCAUAUUAGUUUCACCUAUUUGCAUUCUACAGGUUGUACCCAUUUACUUCUUAACAUAGUCAUUUAUAUUUUUCGUGACUGAUAUUUCAUUUGAGCAAGUGCGUAAUUCCGAAUAUUUUCAUCCGUAAAAGAUGGCAUUUAGCGAACUUGAAGAAAGAAUUAGUAAAAUUCGACAACAAAAUGAAGAAAUAAAAAGAAGACACGAAGAAGUAGAAGAAGAUAAAAAGAAUGCAGCUAAGUCAAAUGCUUUGGUACAAAUGGUACCAUCAACAGUUUGGCCAGAAAGAAAAGAACCACCGGAAUAUUCAAAUCCACCUAAAACUAACCAUAAACAAAAAUCUGCUACUAAGGAACAAUCCGAACAUGUUCAACAGCAUCAUCCUAAUGAUAGAAGAAAAGGUGAAGGACCACCUCCUGAUCCUAAAUAUAAUUUCCUUGCUGAUGCUGAACGAGAAGAAUACAGUACACCGAAUAAUCAAAGAGACAAUACUGGAAAUAAAAAUCACAGUAGAUCUACUCGGGGUAAUUUUAAAAAAAGAGGAAUGGGAAAAGAAGGCCAGCAACAAAAAGGUAGAACAUAUCAUGGAACACAUAGAGAUGAACAUAAACCUGAGUAUGAAGCAUGGCGGAAGGAAAGAAAUCGCAUCGAUGAAGAUCGCAUUAGUAGACAAAAAACUGCUGAAGGCAACUGGCGCAGAGAAUGGGAUAAUGAUAAAGCCCAUUUAGUAAAUGAGAUUUCAAAAGGAGAUGGUAAAGCUACUUUAGGAGAUUAUUCAAAGAAAGAUGGGAGAUACUCCGAUGGUAGCGGAUAUGUAAGUCAUAAUCGUGGUGGUUAUCAUAAAUCUCAUCGAGGAUCUCCUAGAAAUUAUCAUAAUAAUUAUGAUUACUCUCAUAUGAAUGCAUAUGAUAUGCCUAAUCUUGAUACGUCUUCCACGUCAGUUUCUCUUGAUGAACGAACUGUUGUUGCUACUGAUAAAAGCAUUAAGGUAACAUUAAACCAAAGCAAUUUGACAAAGGGUCCUGUUUUGAGUGUUAAAGUCAAUUCACCAAGUAUAGCCGGUACAGGAAGAGUAGGUCCUCGACAAAGAACUCGUGUUACUUACAGUAGUCAUUCUGACAUUGAUACAAAUAUAUACGAAAAUGGGCCAUUUUCUCGACAAAAAUCGUUUGAAGAUAAAACUAAAGGUAAUCAUUAUAAUAAUGUGCAAAGGACUGUUAGCUUAAGGAGGCCUCAAUCUCAAAAGAAGAAAGAGAAUGGUGCUAAAUCUCCAUUUACACAGAGAAAAGAAUUUAGGAAGGAAACAUCAUUUGCUAAUUCAUCUAAACAUUAUGAAAAUGGAUCGCAAUCUAAUUUUGUACGGAAAGAAUACAAAGAUUCACAAAAGUUUCAUUAUCCAUCUAAAUCACCAAGAACGUUACAUAAAAAUAUUAAAAUAUUGAAAAAUGAUUCUGCUGAUGUAACGAAUGACAACAACACAAUUAAAGAUGAGAAAAAUGAAGUAGUUUCAAAUGAUAAUGACGUUUCUAUUGAAUCAGAUAAAAUCGAUAUAGAAUCUCCAAAUGAAAUGAAAGAUGACGAGUGUAUUGUUGAAAAUGAAUCGAAGAGUGACAUUGAAGAAAAAAAUAAUGAAAUUAUUUUACAACAUUCUGAAUGUUCACCUUCUGAAGAAGAAAUGAUUAAUGAAAAUAUUGAAUCAAAUGAAGAUGAUGUAAACGUCAUUUCUGAAACCAUCCAGGAUGGUAUAAACGUAGUUUCUGAAACUAAUCAGGAUGAUGAUGAUGUAAACGUUGUUUUUGAAACCAUCCAGGAUGAUAUAAACGUAGUUUCUGAAACUAAUCAGGAUGAUGAUGAUGUAAACGUUGUUUCUGAAAUCGUUCAACAUAAUCUUAAUAUUUCGGAAGAUAAAUUCGAAGAAACGAUCGAAGAUAAUAUUGUCGUUCAAUUGGAAAAGCAAGAUACGCAAGAUACGCAAGAGACGCAAGAUGAAAAUAAAGAAAUAGAUAAUUUGACUACGAUUAUAAAUAAUACAACUGAGGAUAGUUGUAAUACUGACAAUAAUACUACGAGUAUAUUACAGUGUAUCUCUGAUCUAGAAGAUAAAAAAACAGAUGACUUGAUUCAAGAUAACGUGUCUAAAAUGACAAAUGAUGAAAUAUCUAAAGAAUCAUCUGAUAGAAAUGAUUCAGAUCAAAAUAAUGACCAAAAUGAUAUUGUUGCAAUGAAUAGUAGUGAUAAAGUAUCUGAGAUUAUGAUAGAAACUUGUUCUGAAGAAGCAUUGCAUCCUCCUAUUGACAAAUCUGUGAUGGCUCUUGAAGAGAAUAAUGAAGUUCCCAUUGAAAAAAGUGAAUUACUCGUAAAUAAUAUAAAUGAUCAAACUACUAUUGAAAAUAUUGAAGAUAGUUCGUCAAUUUGCAUUAAUAAAGUAUCGUCCAAUUCAGCUGACAUAGAACAAGAUAAAGAUGUAAAGUCUGAAGAAAUAAUAGUUGAAAAAAAAGAAUUGCAAUGUCAAACUGAGUUUGAGUCAGUUGUAGUAGAAAAUCGCACUGAAAGUGAUAUUGUUGUUACACAAGCUAAUUCUGAAAAUUAAGUCAAACUGGAUAUAUGAAAAUAAUUAAAAAAAAAA